GUAUAAAACAAUUAAAUCGUCACAAAAGCAGCUCGACCAAGCCGCACUGCAACCUUGGCCUACGACAACAGCACUAAAAUCAUCAACCAUAAGAUUCACGUAUACAACAUACCCUUGUCUCAACCCAUAGGAUGUGGUUCUCUCGCGGUUUCUCUCUCACAAACUUCAUCAUUGGCACUUCAGCACUCUCCUUCCAAGUCUUGGUCUUGUACCCGUGGCACGAGCAAUUGGACGAGGAAUUCAAGAACCUGAGAAAAGAGCAUGCGAGAUUGUUGGAUGAGACGCACAAGCAGCAUGGGCUGGAAUUGAGGCGGAUUAGAGAACAAUUGGAUGAGUUGAGGAAGGAGAAGGGAGGUCGGUGGCGAUGAUGAGUCGUGAAUUCGAGUUCGCAUUCACGACCUUGGGGACGAGAACUAUUGGCGUCGAUGUCAAGUAAGUCAAUCAUGGGUACACAUGAUGGAAAAGCUGUUGACAGCACAGCAUAGUGAAAUUGUAGAUAAUCAUUCAUUUCGUAAC